AUGGCCCAGGAACCGUCUUCAAACGCCGUCCCACUGUCUAUGGCAUUCAAACAUCCUGAAGAAUACUAUGCUGACAAUGCCGUCAUUUGCUACUUGCCGACUGGUGCUGGUGCUUCUGGAAUUGAUGCCAUCAAGGACUUUUAUGCCUCCUACAAUUCUCAAACUCGAAACCUCAUGUCCGAGGAAGUCAUCUCGUCCUUCUCUUCUCCUGAUGGUCGAACGGUCAUGCUCGAGUCCAUCUUGACUUGUAUUCAUGAAAGUGCUAUGGAUUGGGUACUUCCAAAUGUCAAGGUCACUGGCAAGAGGAUCCAAAUUCCAACGGUCACUAUUGCCGUAUUUGAUGAAGAAGGAAAGAUUGAACAACAACGAACCUACUGGGAUCAAGCUAGUGUAUUGAAACAAAUCACCGUAUUGCCUCAAUCUCUACACUGUAAAGCCAAUGGAGCGGAAACUACCCUUCCAGUACUCAACGGUCGAAUUGCUGAUCUCGUAAGAGGCUUUGGCAAUAUGAAUACUCUAGGUGCAGAUCGUCAAGUCGCUGCUGGAAUGACUUCUGCACAAGCAAAUGCAGACCAUGUAGUAGCUCAAAAUGCUAGGGGCAAAAAGAAUGUCGCUCAUGGUAUCUUGCCAGAAGGUGAAGACGACUUGACUGCUCCUCUCCGCACCCGUAGUAGAUUAGCAUCAGCAAACCCAACUCAACCUUUUGCACAAGACGAUGAUGAACCCGAACAAGUAAACAAUAGUGUUGAACGUCGUCAUCCAAACUCUAUUGUACCUCAAGGAGAUGUACCCGUAUCAACCCAUCGUCCAACUGCAGCAACUGGCCAAGGAGUUGCUGGCGUAUUUGGUGGUGGCAAUGACGAUUCAACCUCUCGUCCAUCUACUCGUGUGCAUCAGGCACCAGGUGGCGAGACUCACUUCAACAUCUUCUCGGGUAAUAAUACUCGUGAACCCGUACGCAGCUCAGUCGCUGUUGAUCCAACCCGAAACAAGGGAUCCGUAGACCUCUUUAAAACAGCAAGCAAUCCACCACCUCGUCAAUCUGCAAACGGUCGUCGUGAUCCCAACUGGUCUUCUAUUGGAAGUAUGGACUCUGAUAUAUCCGCUGCUGGAAGUGUUACAGGUACCCCCGCUCAUACUGGUCGUCGUCUCGUACCCGGAUCCAAUAAAUCUCACUUUGAGUUUGGAAGCGACAAUACCGAAGUUCCCAUCCACCAUGGUCGUAAAUUCUUUGCCGACUCCAAUAGUAGCAGUAUCUCGUUUGGUAGUGAUCUUGAUCAUGUAGAAGAUCAACGUAGUAAAAGACCUUCAUCGGUACGUGAUCCCAAUGCUCGCAGCACCGAAAAUACUACUCAUCAACGUCCCUCUUCUCGUGUAUUGAAUGCUCCAGGUGGAAAGUCGAACUUCCAGUUUGGAUAA